AUGUCUUCGGCCGCCGUCUUCCGCAACUCUGCCAUGCGCUCUGCUCUUAGAGCCACCGCUCCUUCUGCCACCAAGCGUGCAGCCAUUGCCAGCACCACCUUUACCCGCGGCAAGGCCACUCUGCCCGACCUGCCUUACGACUAUGGCGCCCUCGAGCCCGCCAUCAGCGGCCAGAUCAUGGAGCUCCACCAUUCCAAGCACCACAACACCUACGUUACCUCGUUCAACGCUGCUUCCGAGAAGAUGGAGGAGGCCCGCGCAAAGAACGACAUCCAGACCCAGAUCGCUACCCAGCCUCUGAUCAACUUCCACGGUGGCGGUCACGUCAACCACACUCUCUUCUGGGAGAACCUCGCUCCCAAGUCCCAGGGUGGUGGCGAGCCUCCAUCAGGCGCCCUCUCCAAGGCCAUCGACUCCCACUACGGCAGUCUCGAUGCCAUGAAGGAGAAGUUCAACGCUGCUCUCGCCGGUAUCCAGGGCUCUGGCUGGGCUUGGCUGGUCCAGGACACCCAGACUGGUGCCAUCCAGAUCAGAACCUACGCAAACCAGGACCCCGUUGUCGGCCAAUUCAGACCCAUUCUCGGUGUUGACGCUUGGGAGCACGCCUACUACCUCCAGUACCAGAACAAGAAGGCCGAGUACUUCAAUGCCAUCUGGGAUGUCAUCAACUGGAAGGCUGCUGAGAAGCGCUUCAAGUAG